UGGGGAGGUUUUUGGCUCUGGAGAAAAUUGAAGGCCGCGGCCUACACGGCCUUCAAGAAGCUACGUCAGUGCUCAGAUCAAUAUGUUGAAUGCUAUCUAGACAAAUAAUUGAUCUAUUAAAAAAAUGAAGGGGAGGGGUUUAAGUUAUAACGCCACUAUCGUUAUUAUUGGAUCUAAAUUGAUAAAGGUGUAUACAAGAUAACAGCAUAAAUACACGAUUACAAUCAUUUUCGUCCUUUUAUUUUGCUACUUCAUUUGGAGAUAGGAAAUAAAAUACAAGCUGACGACAUGAAGGAAUUUUUGGGAUUCUUGUUGAUUGUUAUAUGCUUAGUAACGUUUACCGCUAGCAGUCAAUCUAAAAAGGCAAAAUGGUUUAGCAGGGCAUCAAUUGGGAAAAGUUUGUUUUGUUCUGAUGAUACUGAUUGCAACUUGUACGAGGCCUGCCAACGAAUGUUUACUGAUUGUAAAGUACCUAAAAAGUGCUCUCCAACAAACAAUAUGGGAAGUACGUGUACAAAUAAUUCAGACUGCUGGGACCCAGUCUCACCACCAUGUGAUGGUACCCGAUGUGGCUGCCUGAACGGGACUUGCGCAUGCGCAGAAUGUUACACUGAAGUAGGUCAAAGUUGUGAACCAAUACUAUCACGAGCAAGUCGUACAGGAACCUCUUUUCAUACAGGAUUUUUGUACUCCGUGUCCCUUAAUAUAAGAUUCCAGUAUGUGUUCAUUCAAAGUCCGUGUGCAAUGGUUAACAUAACGGUUCCUUUUUUAUCUAUAUUUGAUGAACCGUAUGAAAUUAGGAAUUCUACAGUAAUCUCGUUUUCUCCAAUCAUUCAAGUGAAAAAUCAUGGAGUCGUAACAAACAAGGCCGUUUAUAUAAAAUCGGAUAAUCCAAUAACUGUCUACUGGCUAAAUUUCAAAUACGGUACUAAUGAUGGGGGGCGUGUCUUGUCGGAUGAGGAUUUGGGACAAGAAUACAUAUUACCAGGGGACCGCACAGGGGGCAAAUUACAGCCAUCCUCAUCCGAGCAUUUUCUGUUAGUAUCAUUGAAAGAUGGUACAAUUAUAAAUAUACAAUACCCAGACAACACACAAGAAACAAUUUCAUUAAAUAGAAUGGAAACAUUCAGAAAAAGAAGACUUGGAAUUUCAGGUACGAUUGUCACUUCAAACGAGCCGAUUGCAGUUAAGUCUGGUCAUGAAUGUUUCGUAGCCAGUAAUAGCUAUUGCGACCUUAUGUCAGAGCAAAUACCCCCGGUAACUGCUCUUGGAAGUAUUCACAUUCUUGGAUACAUGAAGCCAUUCCUACCCUUUUACCUGAGAAUUGUUAUACCUUUCGACCAAACUGAUGUCACUAUUUAUGACGAGAAUGGUAACGUGGUUAAUGCAUAUAAUGGAUUGCCCAGAGGCGACAGUGUUGAUACAUAUUAUUCUAUAAAUAUCGCGUUGUCUGUAAUCUCAACGAAAAAUAUACUUGUUGUCCAGUAUGGGGAUUCUUACACGUCUGCUUUUAACAGAGAUUCUUCUUUGAUGCAAGUCCUGUCAACUGAACGUUAUGUUUCGGCGUACGACUUUCAUGUCCCGGAUAAUUUCAUUGUGACCAUACUGCAUAUAAUUAUUGCAUCAACAUUGGACCCCUCUGGAUUGUUACUGGAUGGCAUGGUGCUAGACGUUACACAAACUGUAUCAGUCACGGUACCUGGUUAUGGAACAUACACAAUACUAUAUUCCUCUCCUAGUGUUGGACACCAUCUCCUAACCCACGCAGACGAUAAUGUUUUCGCGGCCUAUUUGUAUGGAAGAAGAGGGAGCUCAGAGUAUUCAAUGGUGCUCUAAAAAGAUGAUACUUUGAUAACGGAACUGACAUGGCCAAUGACACGUUUUACAUCUUCUAUUGCUUUAUUACUAUUACUUUAACAGCUUUAAUGAGGGUUUGUCAAAGGUUUUCUUAUCACUGAUUUGUCAUAGAAUUAUAAAGUAAAAAGUUAUUAUAGCGGGUUUAUGUUUACAAUGAAGGGUAUAUAUUAUAUGUUGCGUGCGUGUGUGCGUGCGUGUGUUGUUUUUUUGUUUUAUUUUGUUAAAUAUUACUUUCAAAUCAUUCAUUCACUUGUACUACAUGUAGUAAUGGUUAUUUAUUAUUAUAUUUUGUGGGAACUAUUCAACUCUUUCAACAGUUUGUUUUUAGCAUUUUAUUUACCUAUUUAUUUUGGGAAAUGAACGCAAUAAAGGUAACAAUAGUAAUAUGA